CGGGCUGCCUUUCCGGCCGGAGUUACCCUGCGGUGCACGCCGACAUGGCUGCGCUGGUAGCGAGGGGGGUUCGGGACCUGCUGAAGCCAGUGGACUUCGCAAAGGUCCUGCGGAGGCACCGACACAAGAAGAAAUGGAAGUCAUCCUAGAAGUUCCCAGUUUGCUUUGAACCCCAAAGUCUCUAUGAACUCUCCUUGUCCUAUGCUUUCUGGGGUCUGGAAACUCUCCAAAAUUACCCUCCACCCUUUAAUCGCAUUAUGGUUUUUGCCACUGCAUAACCUUAGGCUGCCACAGAGCCCAAAUUUCCUGCCACUCGCCUGGCUCUGCAGAAUUUUGACAUGACCUACAGUGUGCAGUUUGGAGAUCUUUGGCCAUCGAUCCGGGUCAGUCUUCUCUCAGAGCAGAAGUAUGGUGCACUCGUCAAUAACUUUGCUGCCUGCGAUCAUGUGAGUGCUGAACUGGAGCAGAUGCAUGCCAGAGACUUUGUGAAAAAAGCCCACUCCCAUGGGGAACUGGAGCCUGAGAGUGGCCAAACGGCAGCUCCAUCCCCAACUUCCUGGGCCUGCAGUCCAAACCUUCGAUGCUUCACUUUCACCAGAGGGGAUGUCAGCCGUUUCCCUCCUGCCAGGCGUGGCAGCUUCGGUGUCAUGGACUACUACCUGAUGGAUGCUGCCUCCUUGCUGCCUGUCCUUGCUCUUGGCCUGCAGCCCGGCGACACAGUGCUUGACUUAUGUGCAGCCCCCGGGGGAAAGACACUAGCAUUGCUUCAGACUGGCUGUUGCCGCAAUCUUGCUGCCAAUGAUCUCUCCACUUCCCGAACAGGCAGACUUCAGAAUGUCCUUCAUAGCUAUGUACCUGAAGAUAUUAGGAAUAAGAGUCGAGUUCGAGUCACCUCAUGGGAUGGCAGGAAGUGGGGAGAACUGGAGGGAGACACCUAUGACCGGGUGCUGGUGGAUGUGCCCUGUACCACAGACCGCCACUCCCUUCAUGAGGAGGAGAACAACAUUUUUCAGCGCUCAAGAAAGAAGGAGCGGCAGAAGUUACCUAUGCUGCAGGUGCAGCUUCUUGCGGCUGGACUUCUUGCCACGAAACCAGGAGGCUAUGUUAUGUAUUCCACCUGCUCACUCUCACACUUACAGAACGAGUAUGUGGUUCAAGGUGCCAUCGAACUCCUGGCUAAUCAAUAUAACAUCGAAGUUCGGGUAGAAGACCUAACUCCCUUCAGAAAGCUUUUCAUGGACACGUUCUUUUUUUUCCCAUCCUGCCAGGUUGGGGAGCUGGUAAUCCCAAACCUCAUGGCCAAUUUUGGGCCUAUGUACUUUUGCAAAAUGUGUAGACUGACAUAGCAUCACCCCGUUCCUGGAGCCCUGGUGUGUGAAGACAAAGGAUAUACUCCCAAGGAGUCAUUGGAAACUGAGACCAUUGGCAAAGAAACACUCUGGGUCCCAUCUCCAUCAUGUUUAAGUCUUUCUAUACGUAGUUUUUAUCAAUAGGAAGUAAGAGUUUUUCUGUCCUGCUGUUCAAUUGUGGAGCAUCAGCAGGUUUCUAACUCACUUAUUAUACUCCAUCUCCCACUUUCCAUCUCUAAGCCUAUACUAAAUGUUCCUGCUCCAUUGGGGGCUUAGGAGGAGGAGCCAGUGAGCAGGCCCACAGUUUAAACUGUAAACUGGGGAAGAAGCAUUUAGUCAGUAAAAUUGUUGAAGCUCCAAAGAGCUGAGGCUGUGAUUGGGGGCCUCAUAUUAGUCCAAGUACUGUUAGUUCUACUUGUCCCAACUGCUGCUACUGAGCACUAGCUCCUAGUUGGCUCAAUGUCUGUUUACAGGCCCCUGGUUACAGAGCCCCUUACACUUGAGAUGAGUGUAAGGUCUGCAUGAUCAGUCUUAAGCAGUCAGCGGGCCAAAACAAGUUUCUCCAUAUGGCUAUGAUCUUAUGUAAGAAACAAAUAACUAAAAAUGUUAAGCCAAUGCAGUCUGCUUAUUUAUAAUACAUUGAGAAAGCUCUCCUAAGCUAAUAAUUCCAGCUAUUCCUCCUGCUGCCCAAUUGUGACUGGGGAAGUUGCUUUGUCACAGGGUUGUGUUACUCUUUUGUGUGUGUCUUCUAUUGUUCAUUUCUUUAGCAAGUAUAUCUUGAGCUCAUGUAUGACAGGUAGCCAGGGAGCUGCUGGAGAUGUAGUAAUUGGGAUUGUGGGGGAUAUUGAGGCCUCAUCCUUGAGAAUGGCAGUGCUCCUCCUUUGCUUUCUGACCACCUAGGAAUCUCCUAAUGUCUUAUUAUGUUCUGGGGGUUUUUUUCCCCUUGUUCCUUGUCUUUUGCUGUGCUGUGCUGCCAUUUGUUUGACCCAUCCCAAAUCACUCAGGAGUUCUUUCUCCAGCAUCUUAGGGCCUCACCUCAUACAGUGUGCUUACUAUUUGCAUGUCAAUUAUGUUAUUACUAGAGGCUCUGUGCACAAAAUUCAUGCACUCAGAGGGGAGAAUCCCUCAGCCCGGACCGUACUCUCUUGCAGUUCGGGAGCUCUCAGAGGUUGCCCAACUGAUGCGUCGGAGGCGGAAGAGGCUCUCACCACUGCUGCUGCACUAGCCAGUCAUGAGCCUGGCUUCUGGCUGAGUGGCACUCCCUCUGUGGGAACACACUGACCACCAGGGAACAGUUCCUGCAUUAAGCAUCUGCCCCUGAGGGAUCAGUGCAUGUCAUAGCAACCGGUUGUUAUGCUGUUUGGUCUAUUUGCAUAUUAGCCUUUUAUUAUAUAGGAUUCUAACUAUUUAGCACAAAUAAGGCAUAUCUUAAUGACAGGGAUAUUAAAAAUGGUUUGUGGUCACAUGUAGUUAUUUGUUUUUUAAUUAAAAUGUUUUUCUGAAAUACUGGUCCUUGUGCAGAAGAGGUGCAUACUUUUAGAAUACUGGUAUUCUUAGUUCUUCCCAAUAAUCCUUUCUUUUCCUAUUUUAUCACUCUAUUUGCUCUUUUAUGCCUUUCCUGCUAGUCCUUAUUUGGAUUUAGAGAUACUAGCUGAGAAAGAUUUUAGAUGAGGUUAAGCCUUCUCCUUUCUUGGGAUUUGCAUUAUAACUGAGGUCCCUGGAAGACCUUCCAGACUCAAAAUCCUAGUGAAUCUAGGAAGAUGGAUCUCUAGGGAGUAGGAUCUUAAUUAGCAUCUUGUGUGGUAUGUGCUCCCUGCCUGUUUACUCAGAUGCCUGGGCUUCUGCCCUUGGUCUCCUGGGGGUGCAAGCUGUCCUAGUUGAAAGCAAAGCAGUGAUAAUUCAAGAUGAGAAGGUCUUCUGCCCUUAGAGUGCAAGUCUAAUUGGAGACAGAAAUACCCAGGUAAGAAAAGCAGAGAAGUACUUUUAAAAAAGAAUUUAUCUCCUGUAAUUGAAUAGUAAUUUACUCUACAACCCAGUUAUUCCAGACUUGGGAUAAAUCCAAGAGAAAUUAAUACAUGUACACUGGGAGACAUGUACAAGAAUGUUUAUAGCAGCCCUCAUCUCAGAAAAUAACCCAAAUGCCCAUGAACAAGAGUAGACAAAUAAACUGGAAUAUUCACAUAAUAGAAUAUUACACAGCUGUCAAAACAAAUGAACUAUAGUGAAAUAUAGCAUGGAUGAAUCUUAGCAAUAAAAUAUUAAAAAAUCUAGUCCCAAAAGAUUAAAUAUAGUUUGGUGCCCUU